GCCUCCAGCGGAAUUGUUGAGAUUUAAAUUCCAUCCAAUCGCAGUGUGCUUGGAGAAACGAUUCUGCUUCAUCUACGCAGUUGGUGGAAAAUUUGACAAACAAUGAAGAUUUUUAAAAUUUUAAGACCUCCAAGCGUUUUGAAAACCAUGAUCGCCAGAAUCCACGAAGUCGGUGGAGAGUUGGUGAUGACCGGAGAAGUUAAAGGUUUGGAUUAUCUCCGGAGCCCCCGACUUAACAAGGGGACUGGAUUCACGCUAAAAGAACGACAGGCCUUAGGCUUUCAUGGAUUACUACCGCCACGAGUGAAAACGCAGCAAGAACAAAUGGAACUGCUUAAGAUUGCCCUAGGUGAUUUGAAAAACGAUUUGGCAAAAUACACCUUCUUAAUGGACCUGCACGAUCGAAACGAAAAGUUGUUUUUCAAACUAAUCACCGAAGAUAUCGAAAAGAUGCUGCCAAUCGUGUACACCCCGACAGUUGGGUUAGCCUGUCAAAAAUUUGGUCUGAUCUAUCGAAGACCACGUGGACUGUUCGUAACCUAUCAUGAUCGGGGUCACAUUUUCGAGUUGAUGAAGAACUGGCCUGAGCCGAUCGUCAAGGCUAUAUGCGUGACGGAUGGCGAACGUAUCCUAGGAUUGGGAGAUUUAGGAGCUUCCGGUAUGGGGAUAUCGGUUGGAAAGUUGACUUUGUAUACUGCUCUUGCGGGUGUCAAACCUCAUCUUUGUCUACCUAUUACCAUCGAUGUAGGAACCAACAAUGAGAAGUUGUUGAAUGAUCCCUAUUAUAUAGGUUUGAAACAAAAGCGUAUCAGAGGUGACCAAUAUUACGAACUGCUAGAUGAGUUUAUGGAAGCUGCCGUCAAGCGAUAUGGCCGAGAAACGUUGAUUCAGUUUGAGGAUUUCGGCAUAAUUAACGCCUUUGACAUUCUUGAUAGGUACAAAGACAGGUAUUGCACGUUUAAUGACGAUAUCCAGGGCACGGCUGCAACUGUUGUUGCGGGGCUUUACGCUGCUGAAAGACUCGUUCAUAAGAAAAUGACCGAUCAUUGCUUCGUUUUCUUUGGAGCUGGGGGAGCCGCCAUCGGAAUCGCUAACCUGAUAGUGACAGCUAUGAUAGAACAAGGUUCAACAGCCGAACAAGCACGAGAAAAAAUCUGGAUGUUUGAUCAAAACGGCUUGCUCACCAAAGAACGCCUAGAUGCAAAUGUGAAAAACCCGCAAAAUCCUUAUAUGAGAGAUAGUGAACCUUCCAAGAGUUUAAUUGAGGUGAUUGAAAAAGCUAAACCGUCAGUACUGAUUGGAUGCUCCACGGUAGGUGGCGGCUUUACGCCUGAAAUCCUCAAAGUCAUGGCAGCUAACAACGAAAAACCAAUCAUUAUGGCACUUUCCAAUCCAACAUCAAAAGCCGAAUGUACGGCACAGCAAGCAUACGAUAAUACUGAAGGCCGAUGUAUCUUUGCUUCCGGUUCACCAUUUCCACCUGUGCAAUACGCCGGGAAAACUUUCCACCCCGGUCAGGGCAACAACGCUUACAUCUUUCCAGGCGUUGCUCUAGGCAUAAUCGCAUCUGGGCUGCAUCACGUGAAAAACGAAGUGUUCUUGGUUGCUGCAAAAGCAGUUGCUGACCUUAUAACCGAAGAAGAUCUAUCGCGGGGAUCACUCUACCCUCCUCUGUCCCACAUUCAGACGUGUUCGAAGGAAAUAGCGGUUCGAGUCAUGGAAUACGCAUAUGAGAAAGGCCAGGCAUCAACCUACCCAGAACCGCAAGACAAGUAUUGCUAUAUCCGUUCUCAUCAAUAUGAUUGCGACUAUAAAAAUGCGCUACGCGAACAUUGGGACUACCCGAACGAGGAUUGCCCAGUCUCCAUCCUAGAACCCAAGAAGAAGUACAACCACAAGCCACCAUGUCCCUGUUUUUGACAAGUUUUUUUUUUUGUUGAAUUUUACAUCUUUAU